AUGGGAGCCAGCAAUCGCAAUACUCGUGUUGCUGUGGGCAUUUCAGCCGUAGCAUUUUCCCUGUUUCUCAUAGCAUUCGUCACACCAUACUGGCUGGUUACAGAUGGUCGUCUCAGUGAUCCACGAUUUACUAAUUUGGGUCUGUGGGAAGUUUGCUUUAACAACUUCCAGGACAUUCAUCGUUUCUAUGAAACCCGUUUCCAGGGCUGCAUGUGGGUCUUUGAAGAGGAAUACUAUAUUAUACAUGAUUUCCUAUUGCGUGGAUUCUAUAUUGCUGUGCAGGUGUUUGCCACUUUGUGUUUUGUUAUGUGUUUGAUUGCCCUACCCUUGACUUUGUCAUUUUUGCGUACCUCACGAGACGACGAUCGUUAUGUGUUUCUGUUGCUCACCAUUGGAUCGUGUCAAAUAUUGGGAUCACUGUUUGGUUUCAUAGCUGUGGUCGUGUUUGGUGCCAAAGGUGAUUCACGCGAUUGGAUGCCUCAUUGGCAAAAUAAUGAUAUGGGUUGGUCGUUUGCACUGGGAGUUGUUGGAGCUAUCUUUUUAAUGCCAGCUGGUGUUCUGUAUAUGAUCGAGGCACGCCGUGAACGUUAUAAACGUUUGAAUGAGAUUAGUACACGUGAGGCGGCAAGUGAAUAUGGUGGUGGUGAUGAUUACUUUUCGCAAGGGGUGCCAGCACAAAUACAACAACAGCCGCAGCAACAACAACAACCUACAAUUCAGGAUUACUACAAUCCACAGCCAAGUCGUCCAAGACGCCCACAACCCGGACAUCGUACACCAACAGCUCCUCCAGCUGCUGUUGUAGGUGGUGGCAUACAAACUGAUAUUUAAGCAGAG